UGCUAAGCAACGAAACGCUUCGUUACUAAAAAUUUUGCCCCAACGGUUUUUGCUUCUGUUCCUGCCGCAAAACAACCAAAUAAUUUGAUCAAUUUAAGCGUGAAGUUGAACAGACUGAAGUUGGAAGAAUCUGGAAGAAACUCUUCAAAGUUCAUCAUCAAAAAGUUAAGAGUGUUUCGUCUUCUGGCAUCAUGUCAGCAAGCAGCGAGCCCACAGAGCAACCAACUGUGACGAGUGCAAAAGAACAGCAGAACAGUGAAGAUGCAGGUGAGGAAGAAAACGUCCAAACAACAUAUGACAUGAGCAAAAUGCCUGGGCAGUCUCAAGUCUACACAGCAACCCAAGACACACUUUUCUCAAAGGAGGGAGAACGUCCUCCAAUGCAUGUCUUGUCACUGGAAAGGGUCUUCGGGAUGAAUCCUGUCCUCCCCAUCUACAGUCUGCAAGACAGCAAUCAGCUUAUUUUCGUCUAUGCCUCAGCUCAUGUUGGAAUCAUAUUCAAUCACACCUUAAAUUCCCAGCACAUUCUGCAGGGUCACUCCUUUCCCAUCUCAUGCAUGUGUGUGAGUGAGGACAGACGCUGGAUAGCAACAGUUGACAGAGGGCCAAGGAACAUGGUGAUUAUAUGGGACUCCUACUCUGGUAUUCCUGUGAAUACAUUGUUUGAGUGCCACCCUGGCAGCAGUGUUGCUGCUGUUGGGUUUUCAAGCGACACAAAAUACCUAGCAACUCUUGGGAAUGCAGAAUUUCAAAGUGUGCUUAUUUGGGAUUGGACCAGUAAAGAGCAGAAAUGUCUCAGCCAUGCUGAACUCAAUCCCAAACAUGGUUUUCAAGAUCACAUCAUCUUUAACCCUAAUGAUAGCACUCAGCUUCUCAGCGGCAGUAAAACUCACAUGUUAAUCUACAAAUGGGACAGCGAAGGCUUGGAGUACUUUGCACUGAACCUCAAGAAAGCCACCCCUGCAACUGAUCCAGAUGCAUUUGCUCAGCUUACUACCGAUCCCAGUAAAAGCAUCCCCUUUGCUGACUUGUGUCUAAGUCGUUCAGUGUUUCACUGGAAAAAGCCUCAGGUCCUGAAAGCCGUAGGAAGCUCAAUUAUGGUGUGGGACAUUGGUAAAAACUUGGUUGAAGAACAGACCCAGUCCUUUGGUAGAAUCAAGACAAUCCACAUCCAACAAGAGGCAAUCACUGUUCUCACCAUUACUGAUACUUAUAUAGUAACUGGUGACAUGCAAGGUAAUAUCCGGUUUUAUGAUGAAAACUUCCUGCUUGUCAGCUGGUACACCGAUUUCAACCAGGAUCCCGUAGUAUAUAUUUCCUUUUCCAAGGAAUUACCGACAGAGACUAAUGAGGACGACUACUUUCUGGAAGUGGACCCGUUGAUUAUCAGGAAUUUCAUCAUUUCCACAAUCAAUGCCAAAAUUAUACAUUUGAACACGCAGACCGGAGUCAUUCAGAACGUUCUUCAGAAUGACUAUGACCCUCUCCAUGCACUGACAUGCCAUCCUUUUCAACCAGCUGUAGCCUUUGGCAACCUGCAAGGCAUGUUAAGACUGUGGGAUUAUAACUGCAAAGCAAUCAUUGGCAACAGGAUCUUUGAGACAGAAAAGCAUAUUCAGUGUAUUACCUUUGACCCAAAAGGUUUAUUCUUGGCAGUGGCCUUUAGGACUGGAGCUGUUUACAUAUUGGAUGCCACCACUUUGCAAAAUACCCCUGCGGAAAUCUUCAACUGCAUUAAAGACAGCAUCCAUCUGAUCACCUUUUCUCAUGACUCACAGUACCUUGCCACUGCAGAUGCUGGUAGAGCAGUAUCACUUUUCCGCAAUCAGGGUUACAAAGACUCUUCGUCUCGGUGGAGUUUUGUGGGCAGGUACCGCUCUCACUACAAGCCCAUCCAAGACCUUCUUUUUGGGGUUCAGCUGUACAACGCCAAACCACGACUGCUCUCCCUGGGAUUGGACCGUCAACUGGUGGAGUAUGACUUGGAAAAGAGUGAGAGCAACACGCUCCUCCUCCUCAGCAUGAAGCGUAUAGAGCAAAGUGCCGUGCCACGGUGCAUGACCUGGUAUCCUUUUCUCAACCCAGAGGAGUUCCUUCUUGUUGCCUCAGACAAUUACAAGAUGAAACUUUUCAACAGCACAACCACGAUGUGCAGGAAGACACUUCUUGGCCCGACCUAUGGUUCUCCAAUUGGAAAAAUUGCGGUUCUUCCCAAAUCAACAACAUCUAAGACAAAAUUACGUCAUCUGGCAUUCAUCACAGACGAUAAGUUGGGUCUCCAGAUUUUGCCGUUGGACGGGAACCCCUACAAGUCCAGUGCUUUGAUCUGCCAUCCAACAGGAGUGUCUACCUUUUCCUGCUCCUAUGAUGGCAAGUUUGUCUUCACCGCAGGAGGAUCUGACAGUAGUGCUCUGUCAUGGAAAGUGAACUUAGACGUGCUGGACGCAGCAGCCGCCUUGAGUGGAGAGGACAUGGAGCCUUUUUAUUCACUCAUCAAGGGUGGAAGAGACGGCAGGUUUUACAAGGAAAUGGAGGACUUUUUCUUUUACUGCCAAAUUCGUCAUCAAGGCAGUGACAUGAUGAAGAGAAUAGAAGUAUCUACCAAAAUUCCUCUAUCAGAAGUUCCCUUUUUAAUGAGAGCUUUGGGACACUUUCCUACCGAACAAGAGAUAGAAGACAUGUUCAAUGAGAUCAAAUUCAGCAGAUAUGCUGAAACUGGAAAAUAUGUGACUGAUAUUGACCUGGAGGACUUUAUCAAGCUGUACAUCAAUCAUCGGCCAGCCUUUGGCCUCUCCAGUGAAGAGCUUGUUCAAGCUUUUAAUGUUCUUGGAAAAAAGAAUGUUAUCAGGAAUCCUAUUAUCCUGAAAAGUGAGAUGAUAAAAUUUCUGCAGGCUCGAGGAGAGCACAUGACAGAAGAAGAGGUAGCAGAGUGUUUAACCACCCUUUUGGGGGUCAAUGAGAAAGAAGAAGAAGAAGAAGAAAAAAAAGAGGUACUAGUUGAGGAACAUUCACUGGGGAGUGUGAUCCCAGAAAGGAUAUCUGUGGAGUUAUUUACACAUCAGAUCCUUGGCUUACCAUUGGGGAUCAAGCAGAGAAUCAGAACUUCCACUCCAGAUGGAGUGGAAGAACAACCUGCCAGCAAGUCAUGAAGAUUUUACCUUUAAAACUCUUUCAGGAUUUCCAUGUAUAAUAUGUUCUUACAUUUGCACUAAAUCUUUAUAUGUGUACUCUGUUUUAAAAGAAUAAAUGUGAAUUUUGAGGGCAUCUUCUAGACAAACAUGGGUCAGAUUAGUUUGAAAUGUAGGUAGUAUUUGAAAACAUAUUUUACUACAAAGAUUACAAGUAGUAUGCUUUUUUCUGGCACCUUUUUAAUUUCAAACACUAAAAAUAUUGCAACUUAAAACAAAAAAUAUGUCUAGUGGAAGUCUGACUGAAAUGACAAUACAUUAUAAAAAUGGACUGUUUACUAUUAAAACAGCUAAUAUUUGAAAUGCAAACAAAACAGAGUUUAUGUAUUUAACUUACAACUUCAAUAAAGUCAAGAUAAAAACUA